AACCGCGCGAAAGGAAAGAAAAGGGGAUCUAUGCCUAGCGCGAGCAUAGGGCCAUUAUCGCCCAACAGCAGCGAAAGCGAAAUUUUUAAACAACAUCCGAGAAAAGUGUGCUGUGCGUGCGUGCGCGUUUGUGCCCAAUCGUCGUUGCCGUCGCCGUCGUCGUCGUCGUGUUUGUCGUAAGGCAGAACCGUAGGAUAGGCGUAUGUAUUUCCAACGGAGCACCGAAGUUGCGCAAAAAUAACCGCAAAGUGUGUAUGUGUGUUUGUAUGUGGCUGUGCACAAGCUCCGGAAGGGAAAAGGGCCACCGUGCUCGUUCCGCUGUUCCUGGAGCAAGAGUGUUCUGGCCAUAAAACCGUGGCAAGAAAACGGUUUUUUGUUGUUGUUGCACCAAAACCCAUUCUAAAUCCGGCACCUGGUCAUCCCGCACUACUAUUCUAUUCUCGCCAACCGGACCAAACGUGGCCAAACAAUCAGUGUGCGUUCUGGCGUGCUGUGUAAGUGUGUUUCAUCCCCUUUUGCUUCAAUUGUGCUGCUCAUUGCUUCUCGCAGCUCGCGCUACUUGUUCAAUGCGAUCAACAGUUUUGACAGGUACGUGCGCGGUUUUCCAUUGUGGCAGUGUACAAAAGCGAUAGGGGUUCGGGGUGGGGGUGCUUUGCUUGAUGUUGUGUGCGCGUGCUACUUAGAUGGCGAAGCGAGGAAAAAACAUCGCGACCGUGUUGCGCACGCGCGUCUCUCGCUGAGUGGUAUAUGCGCGCUCGCAAUGUGUGAGUGAGUGAGUGAGAGGGGUGAGCAACAGAUCAUCAUAACUGGCGCGAAAAACGGUGUUGUGACGUAACACGUGGUGUGUGCAAUAAUCAAAUGCUUUUGAUGCUGUGCCAUUGCACAUAGUGUGUGCGAGAGAAAGAGAAAGAGAGAGAGAGAGGAAGGAGAAGAUAGUGUUUGUGUCUAAUUGUGUGUGUAUGUUUCGUUUGCAAAUGUGUGUUUUGUGGGCAAGACACAUUUUGCCCGGUGCAGCAAAUGCACAAUAAAUUGCGUGCGUGUCGUGUAUCAUCGCGUUUUUAUCAGUGUGUAUGUGGGUUUGUGUGUGUGUUUACAUGUGUGUAAUUUGAAGGGAGCUGUGAUCGUGGAAUUUAACCAACACAACUUAACAAUGUUACCCGAUUGCCAUAUGAUUUGUUGAUUAGAACGGGUGGCUGCUGUGUGUGAUAGAAGGGCCGGGAGUUGGUGGGAAGAGUUUUGCAUUUGCAAACAAAGCGAAUGUGCCGUAAACCUCGCGAGGGUGAGGGGUGUACACUGUUUUAUGGUAGUAAACACGGUGGAAAAGGAAGCAUACAACUAUUAAGCACCAAGGCCAUAAUACCACUGUUCACCGCGCACACGACGGUGCACGCUGGAAACUAGAUAGUCAAUCGAAGCCAUUCAAUCCAUGUAAACCAACAAUCAGUUUAGUCAAAUCGUAGUCAAAACCAAAAAUAACCAAUACAAAGUAAAACAUAAUAGUCAGUCUGAAAGACAUUUAUAGCAAAGGAAGAAAAGAAAAUUGCAUAGCAAGCAUAGAACAAAACGGAGAUAUAAGUAAAACAAAAAAGAAAAAGCCACGGCGGAAUAAAACAAAACCAACAAACAAAAGAAGCAACCCCCUUUUUUGCAAUUGACACCAAAAGAAUAGAAGCGCAAAGUAAGAGCAACACGUUUAGAGGAAUAAGCUAAAGGAAAAGCACGAAAUCAAAAAAAAAAACAAACAAACAAACAAACGAAACAAUGGAUACCAAAGCAGCAUCAGCGGGACCCGCUCCGACGCAUUUACCCUCGUCCACAUAUCCGGCGACGUCACCGUACUCGAAGGGUGCCCGGUCGUCGCAUCAGUAUUUUAGUCUAAGAUGGAACAACUACCAAUCCAACAUGACAUCCGUGUUUCACGAGCUGCUCGAGUCACAGUCCUUCGUCGAUGUAACGCUAGCCUGUGAAUACAAUUCACUGAAGGCGCACAAGGUGGUGCUGUCGGCGUGUUCGGCAUAUUUUCAAAAAAUUCUCCUUGACAACCCGUGCAAGCAUCCGACCAUUAUACUGCCGGCCGAUAUCUGCUUUUCCGAUCUGCAGUUCAUCAUCGAGUUUGUCUACCGUGGCGAAAUUGAUGUAUCCGAGGCAGAACUACAGAGUUUAUUGCGGACGGCAGAACAGCUCAAAAUUAAGGGUCUGUGUGAGGUGGGCGAACCACAGUACGAACAGGAUUAUUCGCCCGCGCUAAAACGUUACAAACCGUACCGGUCACGAUCGCCACCGGAUAACCGGCAUCAGCACCAUCACCAUCAGCAACCACCGCCCCCACCACCACCACCGUCCGGCUCAUCGGGCACGAGUAGCGGUGGCCGGUCUGGCAGUUCUGGAGCAGUAGGAGGAGGAGGAGGUGGUGGAGCAGGAUCGCACGGGAGUGGUAGCGGUGGUGGCAGUAACAAUAACAGUUCGUCUUCCUCCCAAUCGACGGGAUACAGUGAGAACGGCAAGGGCUGCAGUACGGGCAAGGGUGGUAGUGGCGGAGGUGGAGGAGGAGGAGGAGGAGGAGGCGGUGGAGGUGGAAUAGGAUCGGGAACAGGGCGUAGUCUGUAUCAUCCUUCCCAGCAUCAUCACCCGCUGCACCAUCACCAUCAUCAUCACCAUCCGCACCUGCAUCAUCUGCAUCAGCUUCCGCACGGAGUCGGUGACACACGAACGUCUGGCGGCCAUAUUGUCGACGAGGACGAUGAUGGAUCACCGUCCUCGGUGUUAGUGGUCGAAACGCACGAUCUAAGCACAACUGGUUCGAAGGAUAAACAUUAUCAGCAGCAUCAUCAUCAGUCGCAGCAACAGCAGCACCAUCAUCCUCACCAUCCCCAUCAUCAGCCGUCGCAGCAGCAUCCCCUCGGAAGCAAAAUGGCCAGCCUAGGGAUGGGCGUUGGAAUAAAUGGUUCCGUUAUGGGCGUACCUAUGGGUUAUUUGGAUUUUGCACCAGAGCCUCCAGCACCGACAGCGACACCAGUGACAGAACAUGUGGACAUUAAUUGUGCGCCUAGUAGCCACGAUACACGUGAUCUGUCCAGUAAGUAUUCUGUGCCAAACGAUGGUGAUUUACGAGUGAAAUUCGAAACGUUACGUUCGCUAGAUCCUCCCAAUGCGGUUCAACUGGACAAUCACGCUGUCAGCCAUCAGCAGCAGCUACACCAUCAACAGCAGCAAGCGCAACAGCAGCAAGCGCUUUUGCAACAACAGCAUUUACUACAACAACAGCAGCAGCAGCAGCAACAGCAGCAGCAACAGCAACAAAGACAGACACCUCAGCCAACGGGAGCUCAACAGCAGCAAAACGAUCACCAACGGCACUCGCCACCGCACAUGCAGCAGCAGCAGCAACAGCAGCAGCAGCACGUGAUGCUGAUGGAUCAGCAGCAACAACACCAUCCAACUACGCAUAGUCCGGCAUCGAGCGUAUCGUCCUCCUCAUCCAGCCAGCAUCCGGAGAAUUUAGUAACCGGUAGUGGUGCGGCCGGAUCCGUCACACCGGGCCCGCCCACCAACAAUAGCAACGGCAACGGUGGUGGUCCACCGGCAGGAGGUGCGGAUGAGAUGAAGCCCCGACUGAAUCUGAAGCAGGAAAACCUUAGCGAUGGUGGUGGCGAUCAGCAACAUCAAACGAUGGAGGUCGAACAGGAUCAAUCGUCGAUGCACGGUAUGGUGGUGACACCGGAAAUUUCGGGCAUCAUGAACCAGAGCCAAAUGAGCGAUAUGUAUCAAUCGGAUGCAAGCGAAGACUCGAAAGUUGGCAUACUGGAUGGAUCGUCGAUACAGUACACAAACCUGACGAGUCCGAACGAGGCGAAAACGCCUACCGGGCCAAAAACAUGGACUGCAGAAGAUAUGGAAUCGGCGCUAGAAGCGCUACGUUCACACAACAUGAGCUUGACGAAGGCAUCUGCUACAUACGGUAUUCCAUCCACGACACUGUGGCAGCGUGCCCACCGGCUCGGCAUUGAUACGCCGAAAAAGGAAGGUCCGUCUAAAACGUGGAACGAAGAUUCGCUCAACAGUGCACUGGAAGCGCUGCGGACGGGUACGAUCUCCGCCAACAAAGCCUCGAAGGCGUUCGGCAUACCGUCGUCCACGUUGUACAAGAUAGCGCGCCGUGAAGGUAUCCGGCUGGCGGCACCGUUCAAUGCGGCACCCACCACCUGGUCCGCGGAGGAUCUGGACCGUGCCUUGGAAGCGAUCCGUGCCGGACAAACGUCGGUGCAGAAGGCAAGUACGGAGUUCGGCAUCCCAACCGGUACGCUGUACGGGCGCUGUAAACGCGAAGGGAUCGAACUGUCCCGUUCCAAUCCAACGCCCUGGUCGGAAGAUGCAAUGAUGGAGGCCUUGGAGUCCGUUAAGCAAGGACACAUGUCGAUCAAUCAAGCCGCCAUCCACUAUAAUCUACCGUACAGCUCACUGUACGGUCGAUUCAAACGGGGCAAGUAUGAUACGCCCAGCUCGGGAGGCGGCGGCGGCGGCGGUGGCAGUUCGUCUAAUGCUGCUGCUGCUGCUGCUGCUACCGGUGGUGGCGGUGGCGCAGGCAGUGGCGGCAGUAAUGGUGGCGCCAACGCCACUAGUGCCGGUACAGGUGGCAGUAAUGUUGGCGGUAGUCCCCAGAUGGAGUUUAAGAUAGAACCACAGCAUAACGAUCAUAGUCCAGAGAACACGCAACAUUACAAUCCUGCACUAUCGGCUUCCUCGACGCCUACAAGUAAUACGCCGACGCAGCAGCAGCAGCAGCAACAGCAGCAGCAGCAACAGCAGCAACAGCAACAGCAGCAGCAGCAACAGCAGCAACAACUUACCCACCAUUUAGUUCAACAGUCUUCAUCGGUACUACCGGUUAGCAUUCACAUUGUUGAUGCGGCCCAUCAUCAUCUUUCGCAUCCUCACCAGCAACUGCACCACCAGCAGCAGCAGCAACUAACGCAACCGCAACACGUGGUGGUAGCGCAACAUCAGCAGCAGCAGCAGCAUCAUCAUCUGCACCAUCAGCCACAGCUAAUACAGCAUCACAUCAUUCCGCAGCAACAUCACAUCAUCUAUCAGCAGCCGCUGCAACCGAUCCAGCAGCAACCGCAGUAUCAUCCGAUGUAUCACAUCAUCAAGCAGGAAAAUGAUAGAAGUUGAAAGCACCGGCGCACUCGCCAACAUCAUCGGUAUGGCGGAACGCAUCACCAACAGCAGCAGCAACAGCAGCAAACGCACGACGAUCACGAUCAUCGUCAGCAUCAGCACCAUAAUCUGCACCAUCAACAACAGCUGUAUCAUCAUCAUCAGCAGCAGCAGCAACAGCACCAUCAGCAUCAGCCAAUGCAUUACGACGAUGGUGCAUGAUUCGACAGACGACUGAACAGGGAAGAGAACAUGGCAUCAGAACUGUGCAAAAUGACUGUAAAAUGAGGAGCAGAAAGCAUCCAUUUUGUCUGCAUCACUUUUGUUGAUGGAUUGAUCAGUGUAGCGUAAGAGGAUAAUAACCAUUUUGCGUUAUUUCUAGCGUCCAUGGAAAAGCUGCAAUUUGUAGGCAAAUAGUCUGAGUAUGUGUAAAUCAAAACAAGAUCAAACAAUUCCCCGCACGUAGGAGAACAAAAAACACACACAACCGUAGUGGGAUGCGAAUACCGCAUGUUUGCGAUGAGCAGAAAGGUGCAUUUUGAAUUGUGUAGCGUGUUAGUAAAUUCAAUACUAAAAAUGCUCUUAUACCUCUUGUUAAGUGAAACGUUUAGUUCUCCGGUUUUUGCGAGAUGUAAUGUACAGAAAUGGUAAAACAACAAAAAAAAAGGCUUGAUUCUCUACGGGCAAGGCAAAGAGAGGACGAUCGAAUAUUAGGCGAUGCGUGUGAUUUACGCUGAUAAUUGACGUGUAGCAAACAAUGAGUCGAAACAAUAAACAUUUUAGAUACAGCUCGGUAGGGAAAGAACAGAGUAAAUGUGUGCGUGUGUGUGUGUAUAUGGGGGGUUACGAGAGGAAGUCACUGCGAUCGCCGUUAAACCAUUUAUUCGCCUUAAACAGUGCAGGUAAUCUACGUUGCCGGAUCUCCUUUCGCCAUCCGUCAGGAUUCAGGAGUUCGAUGUCAGUGAGAAAAAUGUACGAUCAGUUGAAUCGUACGGGAUAGUGAGAAUAAGCAGCAGAGAUCGUGAAUGUAGGAUGUUUGUGAAAAAGAGAAGAAAAAAACGCACCGCUAGAAAACACGUUACACGAGGAGGCUGAGGAUUGAUAACUUUUGUUGGAAGGUUUUUUUGUUGUUUUUAAUCGUACCAACAAAUGAAGGAUUUUGUUACUUACACGACUGGCGCAUUCCAUAUCGACUAAAUGAAGAUAAACAAAAGAAGAAAAAAAAAACACACACACACACGAACCGAGUACAGAGAGAUACACUUUAGAUAACGUUUGUUUUUAAAAUAAUAAAAAAAGGAAAACAUAUGUCCCUUUGCAUAGUUUGGAAAUUUGGCCACCCGCGAGUUUGUUGUUUCCAUUGCUUCGACAAUUUGAUUGCCGAUGCGCAAUGGUCAAACAAAUUUUGUGAGCACGCCCUGAGCCACGUAAAAGAGGAAGCGAUCCACACACACACCCACACACGAAUGGCAGUUUGCAUGCGAAGUAUAAAAUCAAACGAAACGGACUGAAUUAUUAUGAUUUUUGAUGAUUAGACAUUAGUUGAGGUACGGAUCGGAAAGGAAAACAAAUAAUCUCAUUACACGGCACGUUAGGUUUAUUUGUGUUGUGUCAGGCCAGAAAAGGUGCACAUCUGGGGAAAAAAAAGGACGAUGACUGGAGAAUUGUUUAGUUUAAUGUAAGAAUGCUUCCGGAAAUGUGAAAUACCUCCUCGCUAAAUGCUACCUUCUGGAGGAAAGGUUUAGUUUUGGUGUUGUUUCUUCCAUUUCGUACUGCAAUAAUGGUUCCGCUCACUGUAGCGUCCAUUUUUUUUUAAAUGCAGUUUGUAAUACAUCUCUUCCUGUGUCUUCAUACGUACGUGAAGCAAUUUCUCAUCGAAUGACAAUGAAAAAAAAACAAAAGAAACACACACAAACACGAAAAAAACAAGCUUAAAGUGUCUGAUGUUAUUAUGUAUACAUAUUCUAUUUGCUACUAUUAUUGCUAUUAUACGAAUAUACUAUUGGUUUAUUAUAUUACACUCUUUUUUUUGUCAUUAUUCUAUUAUAAUUAUUAGCGUGCGCGUGAUUGACUGGAAGCAAUUGGUUUUGUAACAAUGCUGACAGAAGCCGUACGAUUAUUUGAGAUUAAAAGAAAGAAGAGAAAAGAGCAGUAGAUAACGUCCGUUUUAUGUUUCUUCCAUUUCAUUUUAUAAAAUCGAAUGCAAAUGUGCAGAAGAGAGAGAGAGAGAAGAAAAGCUUCCGAAGAACAUUAGUAGCAAGUGCGUUUGAAGUUAAGGAUAUUUAGUUUAGGCGGGUUAAAAAUCGAACAAUAUGUCCUGCUGAUCUGGUUACGAACAGGAAAGGAGAGGCGGAGGGACGGGAAAACUCGCUCGAACGGUAAUUGUGUGGAAAACCGAAUAAGCGAGACCGCAGAAGUGUGUGUGUGUGUGUGUGUCGAGUUAGGCGCGGAUUUAAACCGUAAUUGAAACAGAUUUCACAAACCUGAUCGUGGAGACAGGACACACACACACACACAGAAAUACGAAAGUAACAAUAAAUCGGAAAACAUCACGCAAAAGUAUUAACAACAGUUUGCAGUUGUGUUAUGAUUUUUGUUUUAUUACUCUUUGGAAACAAAACAAAAAGGGUUUUAUUUAUCACGCGAGCGAAGAAUCCGAUGCUGUGCUGGCAACAAACACUAAGGAGCAAAUUGAACGAAAGAAAAACAACUAUAAAAAAAUCGAAACAGUGAAGUAUAAAUGAUGGGAAAGCCUAAAGAACGGGAUGGUUUAUAAUUUGCUCAUAGGUCAUAGCAUAGCGAAGACCUUUUUUUGUUGAAAGUUUAAUUAAAAAAACCUAUCACAAGAACCGGCUAGUAUCGAGGAAGGAUACAAGGAAUAAAGAAAAAAGCAAGGAUGAGAUCAUACUCUUCCAGUAGUCCAAAAACAGAAGAUCACAAACGGUACUAUUGCUGAGUGAAACGGAAAGACACACUUGAAGCAACGUCCUUUCUGCAAAACAAAAGGAAAAUUCAAAACAUACAGGGAUAUUCGAAUGUUUAUUCGUAAAACAAAACAAAUAAAAAACACACACACAAAAGCGCUGCUGCUGUGUCUGCUGAGCUGUCUAGACUUGGGAAGACAGUAACCCAUCUGGCCGUUCGUAAUUAAACACGUUACGUCGCAUCGUGAUCGUGCUUUUACGCAGAGGAAUGAAUGAAUAUAGCAGCAACAUGUAAUAGGGCCUAUCGGGAGUGUGGUGGUGUUUUUUUGUCUGCGAAUAGAAUUAUAGCAAAUUACCGUAAACAAACAAAAAAUAAAAGAAAAAAUCCGACGCAGUACGCACGUCGUGGUAGGGUUUAAAGGAAAGUGUAAAACCAACGCUACAUAAUUCGUCCUUUAGGCAAAACAAGCGAUAUAUAAUGUAUAUGGGGAAAACAUGAUGAGAUGAUUGUAGGUAAGCACUAGGAAGAGUUGGUAGGGUGGCAUUGUAUUAUAUGUAGGAGCAGAAAUGAUAAAAAAAUGUAACACAAUAAACAGUUAAAAAGGAAGAUCUGAUGAAACAAAACGUGAAUAAGGCAGAAGAAAGUAGAGCCAAACAAUUCCUUGCUAAAGGGAAGUAUGUCCGACUGUAUUUUUGUGACGGCAUAACACACAAAUACGAAGGUAGAUAAACGGUUGCAUCAAAAUUUAAAUGUGAGUAAGCAACCAAACACACAGUAUACAUACACUACUACUACUACUAGUACUACCGCUAUCACAAGGUAUACUGUCAACCGGAUGGCCGUGUCCGUGGAAGUUGCUUCUCAAUCACAAUAUAUUCCGACACAACACGGUGUUCACUAGCAAAAAAAAAAAAAACAGAAAUGAUUUUGAGUGUGUAUGAAUUAUUCAUACACCGGCAUGUAUUACAAAACAGUUACUUACAAACACACACACUCAUGAACGUUUGUUGUUUCAGUGUAUUGUUUCCGUUAAACAGCAGCAAACGAAACAAAACGGGUUCUUUUCUAGUAUAAUAGGCUACACACAAACAACACAAACAAAUGUUCUUAUCGUGCGGAAUGAAUUGAACAGAAUUUGAAGUUGAAUUUGUUUCCGUUUUGUUGCACUGUCAAAGAAUGUAUAGUAUAAUAUACAAAUUUUACCAUUUUUUGUUUUAUACGAAACCAUUUUGUUUGUGUGAAAAAAUAGUAAAAAUACAAACCUCCAGUCUGCCAGUAUAACGAAUACUUUAACGGUAGCCAACAAUACAGCAUUUAAGGGUUUGUUUUCCGGACUUUGUCCGUAGAUUUAUUGCCUGUGUUUGUAGGGAUCUUCCUUAAAGUUAGCUGGUUCUGGUUUAAUUUUUUCAGCAAUGUUAUCCACAAGUUAUUUCUGUUGUUGUUUUCAAUUUUUUUUGUGUUUUGUUUUCCCAUUGCCAGAAUACACAAUGAUAAAAGAUAAAUCUUCCACCAAAAAUUUGAAAUCUUCUUCUUAUGAUUGUUCAGUAUAGCGAGUAUGCCGAAACCUUUAGCCGCCGGGAUAGUAUGACAGUAAAUUAGUAAGCCAAGUGGUUGACACACAGCAUAAAAUCAAAUGAAGCUAACGCGAACGAAGCUAUCCGUCUGGUACAGCAAAAAAACCCAAAUAAAGUAAUAUCUAUCUAGCGGACAGUUAAUGAUUAGUUGUGCAAUUGUAACAUACACAACACACGAGCGGAAGGGAGAUAAAUAAUAGUAAAAAACCAAUACAGGAUAGCAUGAACUAAACAGACUAAAAACUAAUAGACAGUAAAUGGCAAAAUCAAAGGAAUCAAAAGCAGUUUGUUUAGCGAAUGCGGGGAAUGUGUAUGCGCAUAAUUGCGCCUAUAUCAACGUUCAUUCACGUAGAAUAUAUAUGAAGAACAAAACAAAACAAAAAAAAACAACAUGCAAAUCAUAACAAAUAUACGCUAAAAGUACUAGAACCACUAGCAGCGCCACUGGAAAUUAAAAAAAAAUCCUCUCGUAGACACAGAUGCCACACAAAUCAAACAAUACUAAUCUAACGCGAUAGAAAGUGGACACAACGGUAUAGGAAGGAAAUACGUGCGACAAAGUGGAAGGAGAGAGAGAGAGAGAGAAAAAAAAAUCACAAAUGCAAAAUGGUACGUCACAGUACUACUCCAGUCGAUGCAAACUCGUAAAAAAAAGAAAGCAGCAACACGAGCGAAAUGCAAAUGAAUACAACUGAUAUGUGUACAAACUGUAAAACCAAGAAUUAAAAAAAAGGAAUAUAUACAUGCAAAAAACCAAUAUAUUAUAUAUACAUACGUACACACAACCACACAAACAUAAUACAUAUAUAUACAUAUAUAUGUGGCGAUAUAAAAAGAACAGAAACAAAACAAAAAAAAAACAAGGACGGAUAUUUUAAAAUGAAA